AUGACACCUUAUUUGAUCUUCACGCUGCUGUGGACAUGUCUCUGGACACCCACAGCAGCAACACCACAAGGAGACUCGUUGUCCAUGUUCCUCGCCCUGCCAAAAUGUGCCCAGACCUGCACCAUCAACUCAUUAACUGCCGGUGGCUGCGAUCUCUUGAACGCCACGGCAGUCACCGAGUGCUCCUGUACAAACGUGCCGCUAAAGGCGGGCAUGUCCCAGUGUGUGCAGACCAACUGUCCUUGGGCCGAUCAGAAGAUAUCCGCAUUCAUAUCAUAUAACCAGUGCAAAAGCUUCCCACACGAGUCUCGCCAGGGUGACAUCUAUGCCACUUGCAUCGCGUGCUUGGCAAUACCGUUUUUGUUUAUUGCGCUGAGGUAUUAUGCGCGGUUUCUCGUGGCAAAGGGUCUAUGGUGGGAUGAUUGGAUGAUGGUUGUUGCGAUGGUCUCACACAUAGGAGGCUGUGCCUGUGUGAUCGUUGCAACCAACCUAGGCUUCGGCAUGCACAUCUGGAACGUCUACCCGGGCCACACCGAAGACAUGUUGAAGCUCUUCCGCGUCGUCCAGAUCUUCUACAUCAUGAUUCAGGUCGCGGCCAAGCUCUCCCUCGUCCUACUCUACUGGCGCAUCUUCCCGACUCGCUGGUUCCGCAUAGCCCUGCGAUGCUCCAUCAUAUGGCUCGUCACCCACGGCUUGGCCUUCAUCUGCUUGGUCGUGUUCCAGUGCAACCCCAUCGCGGCCGUGUGGGAUCGGUCGAUAGAGGACGCCACGUGCCUCAGCCUCAACGGCAUCGCCUGGGCCGGUGGUGCCUCUGCCAUCUUUGAGGAUGUCGUCAUCCUGUUGCUACCCAUGCCUGAGGUUAUGAAGCUGCAGUUGACCUUCCAGAAGAAGAUUGCAGUGUAUUUGAUGUUUGCUGUGGGGUCAUUUGCCUGUCUCACCAGCAUCAUCCGCCUCAAGUACGUCCACCUCUUUGGCAACACCUACGACGAGUCCUGGGAAAACGUCGACGUCCUCAUCUGGUCCAUAAUGGAGGUCUCUGUCGCCGUGGUCUGCGCCUGCCUGCCCGCACUGCGCCCACUGUUCCUCAAAUUCCCCGGCUUCUUCACCUCCAACGGCAGCAAAGGUGGAUCCGGAGCCGCGACCCCGGCCAAGAACAACACGCCCGUCCGCAUCGACGCCAAAGGUGCAACAGGCGGCAGCAGCAGUGGAGCCAGCAGCACCACAGACGACGGCUACUACUACUCGGCCCAGCGUCCCUCCACCUCGGCCUUUCGCGGCGCGAGGGCACACCCGGGCUUCGAGGAGGUGUCGAUGGACAGGGACGAGGUGCCGUUUGCGACGAGAGGUGUGGUCGAGCGGGCUCCGGAGGAGACAGAGUUGUCCGAUUUGGAAAAGAGGGUGGGAAUUGCGCGGUAA